GCCGGCCCGCAGCUUGACACGCCGCGCGGUCCCUCAGUCUCCCGCGGUCGCCUCCCCAGGCAUGGCACAGGGCCUCGCCACACUAUGGCAGCAGCGAGGCACAGCACGCUCGACUUCACGCUCGGCGCCAAAGCUGACGGUGAGGCCAUUCUGAAAGGCCUUCAGUCCAUUUUUCAGGAGCAUGGGAUGGCAGAGUCAGUGCACGCCUGGCAGGACCAUGGCUAUUUAGCAACCUACACGAACAAAAAUGGCAGCUUUGCCAAUUUGAGGAUUUAUCCCCAUGGAUUGGUGUUGCUGGACCUUCAGAGUUACGACAGUGACGCGCAAGGCAAACAAGAAACUGACAGCCUUUUGAACAAAAUAGAAGAAAAAAUGAAAGAACUGAGUCAGGACAGAACUGGGCGGGUGAAGCGUUUACCACCCAUAGUUCGAGGAGGGGCCAUUGACAGAUACUGGCCUACUGCUGAUGGGCGCCUGGUUGAGUAUGACAUAGAUGAAGUGGUGUAUGAUGAAGAUUCACCAUAUCAGAACAUUAAAAUUCUACACUCAAAGCAGUUUGGAAAUAUUCUCAUCCUCAGUGGUGAUGUUAAUUUGGCAGAGAGUGACUUGGCGUAUACCCGAGCCAUCAUGGGCAGCGGUAAAGAAGAUUAUGCUGGCAAAGAUGUACUGAUUCUGGGAGGUGGAGAUGGUGGCAUAUUAUGUGAAAUUGUCAAACUGAAACCAAAGAUGGUCACCAUGGUAGAGAUUGACCAAAUGGUAAUUGACGGAUGUAAGAAAUACAUGCGAAGAACAUGUGGAGAUGUCUUAGACAAUCUUAAAGGAGACUGUUAUCAGGUUCUCAUAGAAGACUGUAUUCCAGUACUGAAGAGGUACGCCAAAGAAGGGAGAGAGUUUGAUUAUGUGAUUAAUGAUUUGACAGCAGUCCCAAUCUCUACAUCUCCAGAAGAAGAUUCUACAUGGGAGUUUCUCAGACUGAUUCUCGACCUGUCCAUGAAAGUUCUGAAACAGGAUGGGAAAUACUUCACACAGGGGAAUUGUGUCAAUUUGACUGAAGCCCUGUCGCUCUAUGAAGAACAGCUGGGGCGCCUGUAUUGUCCUGUGGAAUUCUCGAAAGAGAUUGUCUGUGUCCCUUCAUACUUGGAAUUGUGGGUAUUUUACACUGUUUGGAAGAAAGCUAAGCCUUAAAGAUGAGCAUCCCCUGAAUGUCGUGUGCUGCAAGCCACCUUCCUGACUUCCAUAUGUCCUAUAUACCAUCAACUGAGUCAGGCAACUGGUCACGAAUUCCUUCAAGUGUUUUUUUAAUUAUUAUUUUUAAUUUAAAAAAGCCAAUGGGAAAAUGUAUAUUUUAAUGAGCUAGGGUGUUAAUUUUUGAAAGUCAGCUGAAGGACAAUUAGACAGCCCAGCAAAGACUGCGGAAUGCACUGACCCCCUAGAAUGUGAUUUUAGUAUUUUUUUUUCUCUGUGUGGGGUUUGGGUUUUAGUAGAUUUUAAUUUGGACAUGUGGAGGAGUAAAUAUUGUUUUAUUCUGGAGAGAAGUUCCUGAUAGUGUCCCCCCCCCAUUCCCAAAUUGACUUAGAUAUUAAAAUUUGGUGCUUUAAAAAGACUCAAGUGAUUAGCAGUGCUUCAAUUAAAAUUACAAAAGAGA